GGAUGUCGCAGCCGCUUUUCACCGUUGUCGUUUGAAAUUCGGCCCAAAAUGGCGGCGGCCGGGAGCGGAGCUGAGGCGGCGGCGGCCAGGCUGGAGGGGGCGGAGGAAGAGGAGGAGACGGCGGCUGCGGCGGAGGAUGAGGAGGACGGGGAGGAAGACAGCAGCGGGGCUGGCAAGGCGGCGGGAGCGGCGGCGGGAGCGGCAGCCGGCGGGGAGGCCAGUGGCGGCGGCGAGAGCGAGGAGGAGGAGGACGUGUUCGAGGUGGAGAAGAUCCUCGACGUGAAGACCGAGGGGGGUAAAAUUCUCUACAAAGUACGGUGGAAAGGAUAUACUUCCGAUGAUGAUACCUGGGAACCAGAGGUUCAUUUGGAAGACUGCAAAGAAGUGCUGCUUGAAUUCAGAAAAAAAAUUGUGGACAAUAAGCCUAAACCUGUUAAAAAAGACCUACAGAAACUAUCUCUAAAUGAUGAUGUAUUUGAAGCAGAAUCUGACAGUGACUGGCAAAGUGAAACAAAAGAUGAUGUUUCACCAAAGAAAAAAAAGAAGAAGUCAAAAGAUGGAGAGGACAGAAGUCCAGAUGAUCUGAAGAAGAAAAAGUCUAAGUCUGCAAAACUCAAAGAAAAACCCAGAACAGAAUGUGAAAAUUCCUCAGAUACUUUGGUUUCAGAUUCAAAACCAAAAAAAAGGACUUCAGAAACCAAGGAGGAUUCAAAGGACCCAAAGAAGCAAAGGAAAGAAGAUACUAAAGAAAUCAAGAAAAAGAAGGGAGAUGUUAAAGAUUUAAAAAUAAAAUCUAAAGAAGAUUCUAAAGAAAAUAAAAAAUCACGGAAGGAGAAGUGUGGAGAUGUUCAGUUUGACUCAGAGUCAAGUACUCUCGAUGAUGUGUUUUCUCAAGGAACUGAUAAUGAAAAUUCAGACUUAAAUUCUGAAAAUAAAGAUGAGAAGCAAAAGCUAGUAAGUGGAGAAGAGAGACUGGAACAAGAACUUGCUGAAAAAGAUUCCGUUGCCGAUAGACAUCUUGAUGGAUCAGCGAGUAAUGAAGAUGAUAGUAUUGAUGUUAAGAUUAAAAGAAAGAAGAAAAAAAUUCAGAAAGCUGAAGAUUAUAAAGAGGAAGGUAGAAAAGUGGAAACUCAGGAUAUCUAUUUAGAGAAGAAAAGCAUGCACAAAAAGCAAAAAGGUCAAGAAAAAGUAAAAACGGUACCGGGAGAGUUGGAGAAGGUGUCACCUGCUCCUUCACCAGCGCAGAAGGGUUUGAAAUUGGGUGCUGAUGAAAGAGGAUCCAAGUCCACUGAUUCAGCUGGGGAGGAGAAAGAAGUAACAAAAACUGAAACAAAAGAAAAACCUCAAAAAAAAGAGUCUGAAAAAGAAGAAAAGAGUGGGAAAGAACAAAAGGGCCUAAAAAGCUUUAAGGACAUCAAACGUGCAUUUGACUUGUUUAAUGUAGCUUCAGAGGAAAACAGUGAAUAUUCUGAGAAUAACUGCAAAAGAAAAAGAUCUUCACUAGAAUAUAAAUUCAUAGAAAAAUCAAAAGACAGCAAGGUGUACAAGGAAAGGGGGAACAUAAUAAGAGAUGGAACAGACACAUGGACUUACACUGCUGCAGAAGGCGAUGGAGUAGGUGGGGAUUUGUGUCAAAUGGAGAGCUCUGAUGGCAAGCAGCAAGUCUUGAGUUUGGGUAUGGACAUGCAGUUAGAAUGGCUGACACUAGAAGACUUUCAGAAGCAUCUUGAUGGAGAAGAUGAGAAUCAUGUGUUGACAGAACCGAUAUCAAGUACGCUCCUGAGAGAUGCUGUUAAAAGUGGGGAUUAUAUGACAGUAAAGAUGGCACUUUCUUCAAACGAGGAAUAUAAUCUGGAUCAAGAGGACUCAAGUGGAAUGACCCUAGUAAUGCUUGCAGCUGCUGGUGGGCACGAUGACCUUCUCCGGGUCCUAAUCAGGAAAGGAGCUAAAGUUAAUGGUAGACAGAAAAAUGGAACAACUGCAUUGAUACAUGCUGCUGAGAAGAAUUUUCUAACAACAGUAGCUAUUCUUCUGGAAGCUGGGGCGUAUGUGAACAUGCAGCAGAGCAGUGGUGAAACUGCUUUAAUGAAGGCUUGUAAAAGAGGGAAUUCUGAUAUAGUGCGGCUUAUGAUUGAAAGCGGAGCAGACUGUAACAUUUUGUCAAAACAUCAGAACAGCGCGCUGCAUUUUGCAAAACAAUGUAAUAACGUCCUGGUGUACGAGCAGCUCAAGAGUCAUUUGGAAACGCUCUCCAGAGUAGCAGAAGAUACCAUCAGGGAUUAUUUUGAAGCUCGUCUUGCUUUGCUGGAGCCGGUCUUUCCAAUUGCAUGUCAUCGUCUCUGUGAAGGGCCAGACUUUUCUACGGAUUUUAACUAUAAACCCCCACAAAAUGUGCCAGAAGGAUCUGGAAUUCUUCUCUUUGUUUUCCACGCAAAUUUCUUUGGUAAAGAUGUCAUUGCUCGGCUCUGUGGACCAUGCAGUGUACAAGCUGUGGUUUUAAACGACAAAUUCCAGCUCCCUGUAUUUUUGGACAGUCACUUUAUUUAUUCCUUCAGCCCUACUGCAGGCCUUAACAAGCUUUUUAUACGGUUGGCAGAAGCUCCUACUGCCAAGGUAAAGCUGCUAAUAGGCGCCUACCGAGUGCAGCUGCAGUGACCCUGGCGCCGCAUGUGCUGCGUGGACUGACGCUCUUCUGGAGCUACUCCUCAUUCCUCUGUUCAGAGACUGACAAAGCAGUUUGGAGCUUUUUGGCACCACGCUCUGAAGACCAGUUCCCAUCUGGCUGUCACUCGUUGGCAGUCCCGUAGGAAAGCGUGUGCUGGGGAGCAGCUCAGUGCGCUGCGCCGCCGGGACAGGGUUGUCAGCUUUUUUUACUUUGUACAGAUGUAGAUGUAAGUAUUUGUGCCAAUACAUAUAACUCUGGUUUUCUUUAACUCGUGGAGUCCAGACUGCAUAUUUCAGCUUUUCCACAAUGUGGAAUGGUGCAUAUAAGAACUAUUUAAGGUAACUACGUAAAAUGUCUUUUUUAAUAGAAAGAUCUUUUUGAUUUGUAAACUAAAAUUUUCUACUUACUCUAACAACUGUAAUGUUUCUAUGUAAAAUGCAGAACUGUCAUGUUCUUAGAGCCGUGGGCAGAAAUUACACUUUGAAGUCACUGCAUUAGAUUUAACUUAGAAUUGCUGAGGGCUGGGUUCUGGUUUGAAACUUUUCCUGCUGGUGUCUCCCAGUGAGAAAGCGGCUCAGAGCGAUUCCCUCUGAACAAACGCGAUUGGGGCUGCAGGGACGAACAAAGACACCUGAACAGGCUCCGCUCACAGAGGAUCGCAAGCAGCGGUUUAAAACGACUGUUGUGUUAGAGAAGCAAUGGAGAAUUUUAGAGAGGUCUCAACUUCUGAGUGGUUAGUCGAGAGAGAUGGGAAAACAAACGUUAAGCCGAAAAUAGUGAACCAGAGAAGUUGUAACUACCUUGACUGUGCAGGCGAGGCUUCUUCUAGACGAGAAGAUACAUCGAGGGUUCCAGAUACUCUCAGCCUGACAGAUGAGAACAUGUACUGCCCUUUCAGUCAAAAAUUCAGUUCCUCAGUGCAAAGAGCUGCUAUCUUUUUAUUUUAUUUUAUUAUUUAAAUGACCCAUUUUAUCAGGUGACAGCAGUUCUGUAAUGGUCCUGUGCUAUAAAAUACAACUGUAAUACUUCUGCAUGAAGUAUAGAAUAUUUUUCUUUGUAAAUUAACCAACAUCUUGAAAAGUUUAAAAAAAAAAAAAAAAAAGGAAAAAAGAGGAAGAAAAAAAAAAAGUCCAGAUUGUGCCUUUGCUGUUCUGGUUGCCAGGUGUAGUUUACAUGCCACUAUGUGCCUAUCUUAUUAGCAAAACUAUUGUGGAUAAAUUCUUAGUGUAUUUGAGUGCUCACCAUCAAAAUGGUGCAGAUGUAGUACGCAACCUUUUAAGAAAUGUGACUUCUUAAUAUUAAGUUCAGUUAACCCGUUUUUAAUUUUUGGUUUGUGAAAGUUUAAAACUUUCCUAUUUAAGAGAUGCUGAAAGAGUACGUAACAAAGCACACUAUUUCAAUUUUGUGGAAUGUCACAUAAAGCUGUAUGAAACUAGAACAGCAACGUGACAUACAGCUGCUCCUUUCUGGUUCGAUUUAGAAUAGUUGCCUUUCCUUUCUGCAAACAAACAGUGUUGACGGGAUGUUCACAAGUCUGGUUUUGAGCAGACUUGGUACCUCCAGCUCUCGGGAGUAUGCUAGAUGAUACCUCAUUUUAUGAAGCGUGAACACCUGAAAUGCAUGAAGAGCACUGGCUGAGAAUCGGGGAUGUCACCACCACCAGCACUUGGGACUUUGUGUAGCUGCAGUUUUUUAGUCACUGUGUGUAACAUAAGGAAAGGGGCUGCUGGUGUUUCCUUCUGUUGCAGUGACCCCUUCCUCCAUCACUCCUGCGUUGUCCGCGUCAGGGUGUCGUGCGCAUGCGCUCAGCGCUGUACAGCACGUGUUAAAUGUUUGAGCUGUUCCAGGUGGGGGGACAAAAUGUUUUUGAACAAAUGUCCAUAUAAUAUAGAUGCUUUUUAGAAACUGUUGUACAGUCUAACCUCAAAAUGUCUGGUAAUGCUCCAAGAGUUGACACAGCAGGUAGUUUGUCAAAGGCUAUUAAUUUUGGAGGCGGUUUGUUUUGUUUGGGGGUUUGGUUUGGUGGUUGUUUUUUUUUCCUUAAAGCAUUUGGGAGAGAGGGAGGAGUUUUACAGGACAUGGGAAUAAAAUUUGGGUUCAUGAUGCAUU